CGGCGGCGGUGCGGAGAGGAAACCCCAUGUCCCCCAGGCCAUGGCAUCACCGGACAGAGCGAGCGGCCCCAGAGAGCCGCAGCUCAGCAUCACCCUGACCCUCCGCAUGCUGAUGCACGGCAAGGAGAUCGGCAGCAUCAUUGGCAAGAAAGGAGAGACAGUAAAGAGGAUACGGGAGCAGAGCAGCGCGCGCAUCACCAUCUCGGAGGGCUCCUGCCCCGAGCGCAUCACCACCAUCACCGGCUCCACCGACGCCGUCUUCCGCGCCGUCUCCAUGAUAGCCUUCAAACUGGAGGAGGACCUGGGGGAUGGGACGGCGGCAGGGAGGACACCGGUGACGCUGCGUCUUGUCAUCCCAGCCAGCCAGUGCGGCUCGCUCAUCGGCAAGGCGGGCACCAAGAUCAGGGAGAUCCGGGAGAGCUCAGGGGCUCAGGUGCAGGUGGCUGGCGACCUGCUGCCCAACUCCACAGAGCGCGCCGUCACCGUCUCGGGGGUGCCGGACACCAUCAUCCAGUGUGUGAGGCAGAUCUGUGCCGUCAUCCUGGAGUCGCCUCCUAAGGGGGCCACCAUCCCCUACCACCCUGGGCUCUCCCUGGGUACCAUUCUGCUCUCUGCCAACCAGGGUUUCUCCAUGCAGGGGCAAUACAGCGGGGUCUCUCCGGCGGAAGUCACAAAACUGCAGCAAAUGUCGGGGCACACCGUCCCCUUCCCACCACUGGGCCACCCGCCCUCCAUGGUUCCAGGGCUGGACUCAAACUCCCAAAGCAGCUCUCAGGAGUUCCUGGUGCCCAAUGAUCUGAUCGGCUGCAUCAUCGGCCGGCACGGCAGCAAGAUCAGUGAGAUCCGGCAGAUGUCGGGCGCCCACAUCAAGAUUGGGAACCAGACCGAGGGCUCCAGUGAGCGGCACAUCACCAUCACGGGGUCCCCCGUCAGCAUCACGCUGGCUCAGUACCUCAUCACCACCUGCUUAGAGACGGCCAAAUCUACCUCCCAGGUGCCACUCGGCCCUGGCUCCGUGGAUCUCGGUGUGGGCUUCUCGCAGCCGCUCGCUCCGGGCUCCAGCGCAGCGCUGCCUGCUGUCCCUGCCACCCCCCCGGCUCUGCUGGGCACCCCCUAUGCCCUCUCUCUCUCCAACUUCAUCGGCCUGAAGCCACUCUCCUUCCUGGCGCUGUCCCCAUCCUCCGCGGCAGGUGCCAAUGGUGGCACUGCCACCUACACGACCAAGAUCUCGGCGGCCAACGGCACCAAGAAAGCUGAUCGGCAGAAGUUCUCUCCCUACUGAACCCCUCUGUGGGUGAACAAGGGAGGUCCUGGUGCCACCUGGUGCCAAGGACACCCCUUGUCCUCCAUCCCUCCCCCAGUCGUCCCCCCAGCAUCCCAUGCCCAGGGGAGGGGGGCCCAGAAGUGAUGGCCUCUGGAGCAAAAAGAGUUGCUCCAAUGCCCAUCCUGGCAGCACUGUGUCCCCUCUCCCCCCCAAACUUGCUAUGGUAUGGGUAGGAGGGCUGUCUCUGCUGGGGGGGGGGGACAUCCUCCAACUCCCUGGUGUCCUUUGUCCCUACCUUUGCCCACACUGCUGUCCCUCUCCUGCCAUCCCCAACCCUCUGGGCUGAACCCCAGAGCUGCUGAGGGGCUGCCUGGCCUCUAUGGUGUUCCCCCAUCCCCUGGCUGUGUCAGGGGGACUUUCCCCUGGGCAGUCACCUCCCUCCCAGCAACCCCCAAGAGCCUGCUGGCUUGGAAAUGCUGUAUAUAUAAGUCUAUAUUUUUCCUCCUUUGUAACUUAUCAAUGGUUUAAUAAAAAGAUCAAAUUUAUGUGAAAAAGAUA